UCAUAUCAUUUUGUGUUCACUAAUGUAAUAUUUUAAACAAAAAAUUUUUAGAAUAGCUUCUUAUUAAAGAAAGUUGUUUAAAACUAGUUUUGGGCCACGUGGUAGUGGUGUACACCUUUAAUCCCAUCACUUGUAGGCAGGCUCUGUGAUUUCAAGACCAGACUGGUCUACAGAGCUAGUUCCAGGACAGCCAGGGCUAUGAAGAAAAACCAAAGAAAAAAGAAAAGAAGGGAAAAGGAAUGUUAGAUAACAGGCUGAGGUCAGAUAAAUACAAGCUCUGGGGAGAUCCGAAUUUAAAUCUUAAGUUUCUGACAACCAUUGUAACCUGGGGGCAGUUUUCUUACCUUUUACAUUCCCAUUCUCAUAUAUGGAAUAAGAUUUGCUCUAUUAUAGCAAAUUUUUUUGUCUUUAUUUCACUGCUAUUCCAUUUUCAAAUGUUAAAUAGAAAUGUAAGUACAUACCUCAGUACGUAUCUCAGCCCUCAGGAGGCAGGGCAAGCGGCUCUCUGUGAGUUUGAGGGCUUCUAGUACUACAUAGUAACCCUGUCUGAAAAAUGCAAAUAGAAGCAUAGCUACAUGUGCUGACAGAUUUUUAUUAUAAAAGUAACUUAUUUAAAGCACAUGAAUUAAGUUUUAUCAAAAGAUACAAAAGUGGAAGUUAGAAUCCAGUUAUUUGACAUAACGUCUUAAUUACAAAAUUAUGUAUUACAAACAUUUGAUAUUAAUAUAUUAUAAAACAUAGAUGUAUUUUUAUGGUAUGAAAGCAUUACAUAGGAGCUGAAAGUAGGAGUCAGGUAGAAGAACUCUCAGCUUCCAUGUUCAUGGGCUGUGUUCAUCCCCAGCACCACUAACUAAGUAGUCACUGUACUAUGUUCAUGCCUUAGGACGCAUUCGUAAACUCAGAAUGGAUGCAUGCUAUUUAAGUGUGCAUUAAAAACAUCUCUUUGAAAUGUUAUUUUGCUAGUUAAUUACAAGAAAGAUGUAAAUAAAAUACACCUUUAAACACUGAUUACUCAUUUGUUAGAUUUUAGACUAAGCAUUCUAAAGAUACUAAGUAGUAAAAGCAAAUAUCUUGCCACAUGGAAGAGCUGAUUGGAUAUUCAUUGAAAACUUUCCAACCCUUUUCCUUAAGUUUCUGAAGCUGUUUUUAGAAACGGCCUGCCUGUGUAGCUCACUGUCCGCAUGAUUCUUAUUAGGAGAUAUAGCUGUGCUUUAUCUCCUUUGGUUUAACAGUAAAAUGAAUAGAGCUGCUGUAUGUAAAGUUCUUUGAUGCUGCUGUUGGCAGCAGAUGUGUUUAUGAGAAAUUUUUUCCCACAUCCUUCUGAAACAAAGAUUCUUAAUGUUAAAAGGAGAAAAUGUGUAAUCUGCUGCUAUAAUAAUAAUUUGAUGAUUUGAACUCAGGUGAAUUAAAACUCUGAAUUUUAAAUCAAGAUAGCCAUGAUAUUUUUUAAAUAAUUGUCUGUUUUCCUAUUGAGACAUGAGACACUAGUUAUCAUUUAUUCUGGAGGGUAAUGGACAUGUCAGCAAUGAGAAGCUUUAAUGUUGGCUUUGGAUUUCUCUUUAAUACUGAAGAGUAUACUAGACAUCUUAUGGGGAGCUGCAUUGCUCAGGCAAGUAUUGUAGUGGUAAGUAGUUGGGAAAAAAAGUGCUUUUCAUUUCAGGUUUUGAGAUCACCAUUGAACACCCACACACAGAUGUAGUGAAAUGCACCCAGUUAGUAAGAGAUCUAUGGGGGAUAGCAAGAAACAUUUGAGUGAAUGUUGUUGAAGAUUUUCAGUAGUAUAGAAAAUGAUGGCGCUCUUGUGAUAUUUGUAAGUACAAGCAAGGAUUUGGCACAGACAUCCUAUUUCAUGGCUACCAACAGUUUGCAUCUUACGACCUUCUGUCUUCAGUAUAAACCCACGGUGAUAGCAUGUGUAUGCAUUCAUUUGGCUUGCAAAUGGUCCAAUUGGGAGAUCCCUGUGUCAACUGAUGGAAAGCACUGGUGGGAAUAUGUGGACCCUACAGUUACCCUAGAGCUGCUAGAUGAGCUAACACAUGAGUUUCUACAAAUAUUGGAGAAAACGCCUAGUAGGUUGAAGAGGAUUCGAAACUGGAGGGCUAUGGCUAAGAAACCAAAAGUAGAUGGACAAGUAUCAGAGACACCACUGCUUGGUUCAUCUUUGGUCCAGAAUUCCCUUUUAGUAGAUAGUGUCACUGGUGUGCCUGCCAACCCAAGUUUCCAGAAACCUUCAACAUCAACGUUCCCUGCUCCAAUACCUCUAAAUUCAGGAAAUACUUCUGUUCAAGACAGCCGUGCAUCUGAUAAUUUAUCAGUGCUGACAGCAGGAAUGCCCAGUACCUCGUACAGUUUGUCAUCACACCAAGAAUGGCCUCAACAUCCAGAUUCAGCCAGGACAGACCCAGGAUACACACAGAAACAGGAGGCUACUCUCUCUGGGAGCCAGUACAUCAGCUUCCAGCAGGGUCCUUCUAUGACACUGCAUUCAGGAUUACAUCACAGGCCAGACAAAGUUGCUGAUCAUUCAUCAGCUAAGCAAGAAUACGCUCACAAAUCCGGGAGCAGUAAGCACCAUGGGCCCAUUCCUGCUGUCCCUGGAGUAGUUCCUCAGAAAAUGUCGUUAGAUAAGUACAGAGAAAAGCGGAAGCUGGAAACCCUGGACCUGGACACAAGGGAUCAUUACAUAGCUGCCCAUGCAGAGCAGCAGCACAAACAUGGGCCAGCAGUCUCGGGCAGUUCUGUCACUUCUCCCAUUAAAAUGAAACUUCCCAUCACCAACUCUGACAAACCUGAGAAACACAUGGCAGAGAAAAAGGAGAAGAGUGGAUCGCUGAAGUUACGGAUACCCAUCCCGCCCCCUGAUAAAGGUCCCAGUAAAGAAGAGCUAAAGAUGAAGAUCAAAGUGUCAUCCUCAGAAAGACACAGCUCUUCAGAUGAAGGCAGUGGGAAGAGCAAACACUCAAGCCCACACAUCAGCAGAGACCACAAGGAGAAGCACAAGGAACACCCUGCCAACCGCCACCACAGCAGCCACAAGCAUUUGCACAUGCACAGCGGAGGUGCUAAGCAUGCUGCUGAUGGGAUGCCGCCCACGGUGCUGAGGAGUCCUGUGGGCAUGGGCCCCGAUGGCAUCUCCUCCGGCUCCAGUGCAAGGAAGAAGCUGCAUAUCAACGAUGCCUCCCACAACCACCACUCCAAAAUGAGCAAAAGUUCCAAAAGUUCAGGUAGUUCAUCUAGUUCUUCCUCUGUUAAGCAGUAUCUAUCCUCUCACAGCUCUGUUUUUAACCAUCCCUUACCCCCUCCUCCCCCUGUCACAUACCAGGUGGGCUACGGACAUCUCAGCACCCUCGUGAAACUGGACAAGAAACCAGUGGAGCCCCACGGUCCUGAGGCCAAUCACGAGUACAGUACAAGCAGCCAGCAUUUGGACUACAAAGACACAUUCGACAUGCUGGACUCGCUGCUAAGUGCCCAAGGAAUGAAUAUGUAAUCAUUUGUUUAGGUCAACUUUUCCUUUGCUUUUUAAUUUAAAAAUGGUUGGAAUGGAAAAUUUCCUCCUGGUCCAGCAGUGGUGCCACUGCUUCCAUAUUUGUAAGUGCUGCUUUUUUCUUCAUUCUGAAAAGAAGAGAUGAUAGUAAACAAGUCUAUCUCCACAUACGGUAGUGUUACAGUACUGUAAACGCAUGGAAGAUGCAGCUAAGAACAUUAGGAUGAAUGGCUGGCUGCUGCUAGGAAUCUAAGCUGCCUCAAGCUUUUGUUAUUUAUAAUUUGAAUACUGUAGCUGUUUUUUGUUGUUGCUUGGCUUUGAAUGAGUGUCAAUUGUUUUUCUUUUGUGUAUUUAUACUUGUAUGUAUGGCUUGCAUGUCUCAGUGAUAAAGGGAUAAAACAGAAUACUGACAACUGUUUACAAGAAAGUGGAGAAAAAAAUGUACAUACAUUUUUGUAUGUUUAGAUAUUACCAUAAAUACUCAGGAUCGGAGCUGCUUGUAAGUAUAACAAUAUACAGAAUAACUUUAUUUUCUCUCGUCAGAGUCCAUCACUAAUCUAAAACACAAGUGGCACUUUUUAUGUUAACCUUAAACUCUAGGCCUUACUGGAAGCCGCUGAGGGGACACUUCACUACUAGACGGGAUGCGGUGCCACGGGUGGUCCUUAACACUGGGAAGCUCUCAGUUUGCCUUCAGAGGUUCUGACCAGAUUGGCUGCAGAGUCAGCCCCUAAUUUCUGAAGGCUUGAAGAGGAAAAAAAUUAAUAAAGUUUACAUACACUUGAUGUGAAGUGCAUUUAAAUGUUUGUUGGCUUGUUGCAGUGCUAUAGAAGAGCAGUUAAUAAUGGGCAUGAGGAUGACUGUGACUUAACUCACAGGAGCUCCCAGUGAAGAAUUGGUCCAGUUCUUCAAGAACUUUGACACGACAGAGUUUAGCAGUGAACAGGGAUCACUUUUCCUUUAGCAUUUGCAGUGACACCAUAGUCUUGAAUAUACUCUUCCCAUGGAGAGAGAGUGAGUGUGGGGGUGAGAAAGAGAGAGAUACCAUAUUUCUUUUUCAGGUAAAUGCAGUCUUCCUUAUAAAAAUGAAAUUAAACCUAUGCUCUCUUGAUUCUUUUAUAUUCUAACAAUAAAUAAAAAGAAAACAUUGCUGACUGUGCAUUGUACCUGUAUUUAUAGCUUAUGGUCAUUAUCAGGAAAAUGUAAGGAAAAAGGCCAGCCUCAGGCCAGCCACUGCUGGAGGUUCUACAUUCAUUUGCACGUCUUAGUAGGUUCUCUUUGAGGUGACGCUUGCACUGUCACCUGACGCCUGGUCAGGGGAUAGACCAGCUUGUCUAAAUUUUGGUGUAAGCACCAAUAGUAUGGCUCUUGUCUGUUGCCUAAUCUUGAAUUUAUUUCUGUGGUAAGUCUUAGCUGUUGAGUCUCUUAAAAUGGGUCGGAUUCAACUUGUCUUGAAUCACAAUUUUUCUCUGUAUAUGAACUGUUUUGUUAUAAAGCCACUGAUCUGUGCACAAUUGUAAUUUUAUUCAAGUAUGUUGUGCUUGUAAAUAUUAGAGUUGAACCUUGUACUCUACUUUUAUUUAGCAAUUACUUAGUUUGCCAGUAGCUUUUUGUUGUUUUGUUUUGUUUUUUAAAGAAAAUGGUUGAUUAUUUUGUCAAUGUUGUUUGACUUUGGGAUGUCAGGAGCCUCUUUGUGGGAACUCAGCCUAGCAGGCUCAUCCUCGCUCUGUUUUGUCUUGCAUCAGUAAUCUGCUACUAUGUGAAUUUGUUGCUGUGUGGUAUACUAUUGUAUCAUAAACAUGGUGAUUCUGAUGCAGUUACAGUGUCACUGUGCUAAUAGUCAAGGACUAGCAUAGAAUUAAACAGUGCAAGGUGAGGGAGGGAAGGGUUUUGUUCUUGGUGACCUAGAUGUGAAACCUCGACAGAGCAUCAUGUGAACUGACAUGGGGUGGUCAUGCUACUGUAUCAUUGGGAGUGAUGCCAGGAAUUUUAAUCAGCUUAUGUAAAGAGUAUCCAGAAAAGUAGUGAACUUAUUUUCAGUGUGACAUAGAAAACAAUGUGAAUAUUUAAGAUCUGGGACUAUAGUUAAACUUCACUAAUGAUUUUCAGAAAUGUGUUGUUUUUUGUUUGUUUUUGUUUUUUUUUUUUUAGAUAUGGGAAUAAAGGUAAUUUUGUUGAAUCUUAUUGGUGCUAAUGAUGGACAGUUAAACAGAUAGUGUAUGUGCUAUGGAUCAGUACACUUAGUACUUCCAGAAUUGACUUUGAAAUGCUAUGUAUUCACUUUUCACUCUGUAAAUGUAAUUCUUUACAAUGACUAUUUAUUAAAAGGCAGUCAGUCGUGAUUUUUACAGGAUUGUGUGAACUAUUCCAACUCUGCAACCUCUGAACAAGAUGCUAAAACCACAA